AUUCCUAUCUCAAAAUUUAAAUGCUAAAUCCUUGUUCAAAGGAAAUGUAAAAGUUGAAAAUAAUGAAAGUUCGAGCAAUAUAACAAAGUUAGUGGGACAGAUAUACCAUUUUGCAUAGUUUAGGGUCUUACGUGAUUUUCUAAAAUCUUCAGGGUGCAACAGAAUUCAAUACCAGAUGUGUUGGCCUCAGUUCGGAAAAUCAAACUGUCUGUUUCUUCCCGAAACCGAAGGUUCUUCAACCCUAAUUCUCCCGCCGGCCGGUCACUCGUUGCCGUUUUCACCUUCUUCUCCAUCUACUUCUCUUAGAUUAGAAAAUAAGUCAGAAUUUUUUUGGUAUCCCAAUUAGGAAAGUGAAGAAAAAUUCGAAAGUACUAAUAAGAGUAAAAAUUUCGCAAUUUUUAAUCUGACUUUGAAGCAAUGGAUGAAGAAAUGUCAAAUUCAGCGAGGCGAAUGUCAAUGCGAACUCGUAAGGUUGCUCCAAAAAUGGCUGCUGCUCUUGCAAGUUCUGAUAAUAGAACUCAGGCUAUGCUGGCGCGUCUUGAUGCAUUGGAAAGUGAUAAUGCAGUAGUGGAACAACAACUACUUGACGAUGAUGAUGAAGCUUCUCUUGACGAUGAAGAUCAAGUUCAUAAGAAGUACCCAAAAGGCACAAAACGGAAAACACGCCAAGCUAAGGCACUUGAGAAUAAGAGAGCGCCCAAAACAUUCCUUGAGCUCUUGCAUGAGGCAAACCUGGAGUCCUUGCCACCGCAUGUGCCAACCUAUUUAAGAGCAGCAGUGGGACCACCAAGUUCCAUCUCUCGCCGUCAUUUCUGCACGGUUUGUGGUUUCUCUGCGAACUAUACAUGUGUGCAAUGUGGGAUGCGCUUUUGCUCAAUCAAAUGCCAGACCAUCCACAAAGAUACUCGGUGCUUGAAAUUUGUUACUUGAUUAGUGAGAACUUGAAACCUAAAUGAAUUGGAUGGACAUCCUUGUAAGCUCAAUCCUUGUCUUGUAGAAUUUGCUAGUUUCUUGUUUAUAUAGUUUAUGUAUAUAUUCAAGUACUCUGACUAAUCCGAUUCAUUGGACUUUGUCCUUUUUCUCUAGAGCACCAUUGCUUGAUAUUCAACCUCCUAUCUGUUGUAUGUUAGUUUGAUAUGUUAUAGAGCCUGAAAUUGGAUUAUCUAAUUCA